AUUCUAAGCUGAUGUGGUACAAGGACGAGAUCCCUGUAGCAGAAGCCCAAAGGAGCGCUGGUGACGAGGGCCAGGCAGCCUUGGCUGUUGUGCAGGCAUCCCAGAAGGACUGCGGGGUGUACCGGUGCGUGAUCAGCAAUGAGUAUGGCACUGACUCCACUGAUUUCCUGCUCAGCCCAGAAGUGCUGUCGGGAUUUGUCCUGCGGGAAGAGAUGGAAGCUCUUCCCUCCGCCAGUUGGAGAGGAGAUCGAGAUGACGCCCAUGGUGUUUGCAAAGGGUUUGGCUGACGCAGGCUACUGGGGGGAUAAGCUCUUUGGGCGCGUGGUGAGCGAGGACGUGGAAGUGAGCGCCGGUUUCCUGCGCAAGGCCUGCCGUGCCAGGGCCAUCUAUGGCCUGGAGCCCAUCUUUGAGUCCGGCCGGACCUGUGUCAUCAAAGUGCACAAUUUCAUUGUCUUUGGGACCAAGAAUGAGAACAGCCUCAUCGAGAAGAACUAUGAUAUCACCAUCCAGGAAUGUAAAAUCCAGAACUCCAGCCGCGAGUACUGCAAGAUCUUCGCUGCUGAGGCACGAGCCGUCCCUGAUUUUGGAGCAGUGCCCGAGAUAAUUCCUCUGUACCUGAUUUACCGACCGGCCAACAACAUCCCUUAUGCCACGAUGGAGGAGGACCUGGGCGGGCCCUGCGAGCAGUACUGUGUCACCGAGAGAGAUGGCACCUUGGUGGCACGAGGCACUUCGGAGAUCGUGCUCAAAUGCUGCACGUUCCAGCAUUGGGUCUACCAGUGGACAAAUGGAAAUAUCCUCGUGACUGACAUGGAAGGAGUGGGCUGGAAGAUGACCAACGUGCGGAUCGCUACCAACCUGAAAGGGUGA